CAGCACCGAGCCGUUUCGGAACGUUCUCGAUCGGUUGAAUGCUACCGAACGAAAUAAAUACAUUCCAGCGAUGUUCCAGGCGAAGUUAAGGGCGAUCUAUCGGAAAAAGAUCGGGAACAACGGAACGGGAACCGUGGAGGAUUCCAUCGAACAUUCUACACGCGUCGAAGUCACUCACGGGCAGUCGAACGAUUACCGAUUAAAUUUAGUCACCGAUGAAUCGGCGACCGCCGCUGGAACGGCUGCGUUAAUUGAUAAAUCGACGACUGUUAUGACAAGAGCGGACGAACGGGAUGUUGGUACACGGAAACACAGAGGAAACGUGUACACAGACGGAGCUCUUGUAAGCAAUCCGCCGCCCUCCGUAAAUUCCACGCGUGGCUUGAAAUUCGCCGAUCGUCUGGAAUCGUAUCCACCGUUUCGAGCGUUUACGAACAACGUUGCGAUGGAUUUCAAAGAAACGCAAAUAAAACGGAUGGAAGCGGAAACUGUGACCAAUCGGAGCGUCCAAACUGGGGAACCGAAUACUUCGACCACCUUGGAUAUCGCGACACCACGGAAGAAUCUCUUGACAGUCAUAUCGAGAACCACAGCGAUAACUUCUAGCGUUUUACCGUUAACUGCUCCGGAUGUACGAUUAAAUCCCCGUACGGAGAGCAGCAGAGAAACAUUCGCUAACACGAGUCCCGGGACCGCUUGAUCGUCGAUUAUUAACGAAUCGUAUUAGUAAACGAAAAGACGAGAAAGAAGCUAAGUAGCAUUCGAAUUUAUUUGACAUUUUUUAUAGAUGAUUUCUGUACGACUUCGAUCGGAUCUAGGGAUACUAUACGAGAGUUUCAACCCUUGUACACGUGUAUGCUUACCUUUUUUUCUGUCGAUGGUGAUAUAACCGUUCAUUCAGAAUCCUGAUUAUAUCUUUUUUUAGAGGACGAGCGAGAAUUUUAAUUUUUAUACUGCUUAAGUGGAUAUAACAGACAAAUGAAAUCGUUUCAGGGAAAUGCGAUCGGAGCUGUAGUUAUUUCCAAGGAAUUUUCUAACCAUACAAUAAAGAAACUG